AGCUGCAAGUGGCGGGCGCCCAGGCAGAUGCGAUCCAGCAGCUCUGGGGGCGGCAGCGGCGGUAGCAGCUGGUACCUCCCGCCGCCUCUGUUCGGAGGGUAGCGGGGCACCGAUGUGCUUUCCGGCCGCCCUCUGGCCGGCUACCCAAAGCUGCGGGCGCUGAUGAUGGGUGAGGAGGGGGCGGCAAGAUUUCGGGAGCCCCUGCCCUGAACGCCCUCAGCUGCUGCCGCCGGGGCCGCUCCGGUGCCUGCGAACUCUGAGGAACCGAGCGAGGCGCGGGCGACAGCAAGGACGCUGCAAACUUGCGCAGCGCGGGGGUUCGGAUUCACGCCCAGAAGUUCAGCGGGCAGAGCAGUCCGAAGCCUUCCCGCAGCGGAGAGAUAGCUUGAGGGUGCGCGAGAAGGCAGCCCCCGUCGUCGGAUCCCACCCAGACCGGGCAGAGGAGCUCGGAGCAGCCAAAAGGAACGCAGGAGGCGGCCAGGACAGCGUGCAGCAGCUGGGAGCCGCCGUUCUCAGUCUGGAAAGUUGUGGAGAUUGGAGGCUUCCCCGAGAGGGGACAGACCCCAGCUCCGACCGCGGGGGGCAGGAGAGGACGGUACCCAACUGCCACCUCCCUUCAACCAUAGUAGUUCCUCUGUGCGGAGCGCAGCGAGCUACAGACGGGGGAGCGGCACUCGGCGUGGCGAGCAGGAGACUGAAGGUGCCAGUCAGUGAGCCCAGCGUGCUUGAGGGUCUCUGGACUCGCCCCUGAGAUUACAGCUGUGUUUCCUUGAGACUCCUGCUCGUCUCCGUGCAGUUAGGGGAAAGCAAGAGACUUGCCCUCACGCACAGUCCUCUGGAGAUCAGGUGGAAGGAGCCGCUGGGUACCGAGGACUGUUCAGAGCUUCUUCCCAUCUAGGGGAGAGCGAAGGGCGAGGCUGGGCCUGGAGAGCAGUGUAAACGGCCUCCUCCGGCGGGAUGGGAACCAUCGGGCUCCUGUGGCUGCUGCCGCUGCUGCUUUCCACUGCAGCUUUGGGCUCUGGGACGGGGACCGGCCAGCGCACGGGAUCCCCAGCUGCGGGGCCGCCGCUGCAGCCCCGGGAGCCGCUCAGCUACUCUCGCUUGCAGAGGAAGAGUCUGGCAGUGGACUUCGUAGUGCCCUCACUCUUCCGUGUCUACGCCCGGGACCUGCUGCUGCCGCCAUCCCCCUCGGAGCUGAAGGCUGGCAGGCCCGAGGCGCGCGGCUCGCUCGCUCUGGACUGCGCCCCGCUGCUCAGGUUGCUGGGGCCGGCGCCUGGGGUCUCCUGGACGGCCGGCUCACCCACCCCGGCAGAGGCCCGGACGCUGUCCAGGGUGCUGAAGGGCGGCUCGGUGCGCAAGCUCCGGCGUGCCAAGCAGCUGGUGCUGGAGCUGGGCGAGGAGGCGAUCUUGGAGGGUUGCGUCGGGCCCCCUGGGGAGGCGGCUGUGGGGCUGCUCCAGUUCAACCUCAGCGAGCUGUUCAGUUGGUGGAUUCGCCAGGGCGAAGGGCGACUGAGGAUCCGCCUGAUGCCCGAGAAGAAGGCGUCGGAAGUGGGCAGAGAGGGAAGGCUGUCCGCGGCAAUCCGCGCCUCCCAGCCCCGCCUUCUCUUCCAGAUCUUCGGGACUGGUCAUAGCUCCUUGGAGUCACCAACAAACAUACCUUCUCCUUCUCCUGAUUAUUUUACAUGGAAUCUCACCUGGAUAAUGAAAGACUCCUUCCCUUUCCUGUCUCAUCGCAGCCGAUAUGGUCUGGAGUGCAGCUUUGACUUCCCCUGUGAGCUGGAAUAUUCCCCUCCACUGCAUGACCUCAGGAACCAGAGCUGGUCCUGGCGCCGUGUUCCCUCCGAGGAGGCCUCCCAGAUGGACUUGCUGGAUGGGCCUGAGGCAGAACGUUCUAAGGAGAUGCCCAGAGGGUCCUUUCUCCUCCUCAACACCUCAGCUGACUCCAAGCACACCAUCCUGAGUCCGUGGAUGAGGAGCAGCAGUGAGCACUGUACGCUGGCCGUCUCGGUGCACAGGCACCUGCAGCCUUCUGGAAGGUACAUCGCCCAGCUGCUGCCCCACAACGAGGCUGCAAGAGAGAUCCUCCUGAUGCCCACCCCAGGGAAGCAUGGUUGGACAGUGCUCCAGGGAAGAAUCGGGCGCCCAGACAACCCCUUUCGAGUGGCCCUGGAAUAUGUCUCCAGUGGAAACCGCAGCUUGUCUGCAGUGGACUUCUUUGCCCUGAAGAACUGCAGUGAAGGAACAUCCCCAGGCUCCAAGAUGGCCCUGCAGAGCUCCUUCACUUGUUGGAAUGGGACAGUCCUCCAGCUUGGGCAGGCCUGUGACUUCCACCAGGACUGCGCCCAGGGAGAAGACGAGAGCCAGAUAUGCCGGAAACUCCCUGUGGGAUUUUACUGCAACUUCGAAGAUGGCUUCUGUGGCUGGACCCAAGGCACACUCUCACCUCACACUCCUCAGUGGCAGGUCAGGACUCUAAAGGAUGCCCAGUUCCAGGACCACCAAGACCAUGCUCUAUUGCUCAGUACCACUGAUGCCCCCACUUCGGAAAGUGCUACAGUGACCAGUGCUACGUUUCCCGCACCAAUCAAGAGCUCUCCAUGUGAGCUCCGAAUGUCCUGGCUCAUUCGUGGAGUCCUGAGGGGAAACGUGUCCUUGGUGCUAGUGGAGAACAAAACUGGGAAGGAGCAAGGCAGGAUGGUCUGGCAUGUCGCCGCCUAUGAAGGCUUGAGCCUGUGGCAGUGGACGGUGUUGCCUCUCCUCGACGUGUCUGACAGGUUCUGGCUGCAGAUGGUUGCAUGGUGGGGACAAGGAUCCAGAGCCAUCGUGGCUUUUGACAAUAUCUCCAUCAGCCUGGACUGCUACCUCACCAUUAGUGGAGAGGACAAGAUCCUACAGAACACAGCACCCAAAUCAAGAAACCUGUUUGAGAGAAACCCAAACAAGGAGCUGAAACCCGGGGAAAAUUCACCACGACAGACGCCCAUCUUUGACCCUACAGUUCAUUGGCUGUUCACCACAUGUGGGGCCAGCGGACCCCAUGGUCCCACCCAGGCGCAGUGCAACAACGCCUACCAGAACUCCAACCUGAGCGUGGAGGUGGGAAGCGAGGGCCCCCUGAAGGGCAUCCAGAUCUGGAAGGUGCCAGCCACCGACACCUACAGCAUCUCGGGCUACGGAGCUGCUGGCGGGAAAGGCGGGAAGAAUACCAUGAUGCGGUCCCACGGCGUGUCUGUGCUGGGCAUCUUCAACCUGGAGAAAGACGACAUGCUGUACAUCCUCGUUGGGCAGCAGGGAGAGGACGCCUGCCCCAGUACAAACCAGUUAAUCCAGAAAGUCUGCAUUGGAGAGAACAAUGUGAUAGAAGAAGAAAUCCGUGUGAACAGAAGCGUGCAUGAGUGGGCAGGAGGAGGAGGAGGAGGGGGUGGAGCCACCUACGUAUUUAAGAUGAAGGAUGGAGUGCCGGUGCCCCUGAUCAUUGCAGCCGGAGGUGGCGGCAGGGCCUAUGGGGCCAAGACAGACACGUUCCACCCAGAGAGACUGGAGAAUAACUCCUCGGUUCUAGGGCUGAACGGCAAUUCCGGAGCCGCAGGUGGUGGAGGUGGCUGGAAUGAUAACACUUCCUUGCUCUGGGCCGGAAAAUCUUUGCUGGAGGGUGCCACCGGAGGACAUUCCUGCCCCCAGGCCAUGAAGAAGUGGGGGUGGGAGACAAGAGGGGGUUUCGGAGGGGGUGGAGGGGGGUGCUCCUCAGGUGGAGGAGGCGGAGGAUAUAUAGGCGGCAAUGCAGCCUCAAACAAUGACCCCGAAAUGGAUGGGGAAGAUGGGGUUUCCUUCAUCAGUCCACUGGGCAUCCUGUACACCCCAGCUUUAAAAGUGAUGGAAGGCCAUGGGGAAGUGAAUAUUAAGCAUUAUCUAAACUGCAGUCACUGUGAGGUAGACGAAUGUCACAUGGACACUGAAAGCCACAAGGUCAUCUGCUUCUGUGACCACGGGACAGUGCUGGCAGAGGAUGGCGUCUCCUGCAUUGUGUCGCCCACCCCGGAGCCACACCUGCCACUCUCACUGAUCCUCUCCGUGGUGACCUCUGCCCUCGUGGCUGCCCUGGUCCUGGCUUUCUCCGGCAUCAUGAUUGUGUACCGCCGGAAGCACCAGGAGCUGCAAGCCAUGCAGAUGGAGCUGCAGAGCCCUGAGUACAAGCUGAGUAAGCUCCGCACCUCAACCAUCAUGACCGACUACAACCCCAACUACUGCUUUGCUGGCAAGACCUCCUCCAUCAGUGACCUGAAGGAGGUGCCGCGGAAAAACAUCACCCUCAUUCGGGGUCUGGGCCAUGGCGCCUUUGGGGAGGUGUAUGAAGGCCAGGUGUCCGGAGUGCCCAAUGACCCAAGCCCCCUGCAAGUGGCUGUGAAGACGCUGCCUGAGGUGUGCUCAGAACAGGACGAACUAGAUUUCCUCAUGGAAGCCCUGAUCAUCAGCAAAUUCAACCACCAGAACAUCGUUCGCUGCAUCGGGGUGAGCCUGCAAGCCCUGCCCCGGUUCAUCCUACUGGAGCUUAUGGCAGGGGGAGACCUCAAGUCCUUCCUCCGAGAGACCCGCCCUCGCCCGAGCCAGCCCUCCUCCCUGGCCAUGCUGGACCUUCUGCACGUGGCUCGGGACAUUGCCUGUGGCUGUCAGUAUUUGGAGGAAAACCACUUCAUCCACCGAGACAUUGCUGCCAGAAACUGCCUCUUGACCUGUCCAGGCCCUGGAAGAGUGGCCAAGAUUGGAGACUUCGGGAUGGCCCGAGACAUCUACAGGGCGAGCUACUACAGAAAGGGAGGCUGUGCGAUGCUGCCAGUUAAGUGGAUGCCCCCAGAGGCCUUCAUGGAAGGAAUAUUCACCUCUAAAACAGACACAUGGUCCUUUGGAGUGCUGCUGUGGGAAAUCUUUUCUCUCGGAUAUAUGCCAUAUCCCAGCAAAAGCAACCAGGAAGUUCUGGAGUUCGUCACCAGUGGAGGCCGGAUGGACCCACCCAAGAACUGCCCUGGGCCUGUAUACCGGAUAAUGACUCAGUGCUGGCAACAUCAGCCUGAAGACAGGCCCAACUUUGCCAUCAUUUUGGAGAGGAUUGAAUACUGCACCCAGGACCCAGAUGUAAUCAACACUGCUUUGCCGAUAGAAUACGGUCCACUUGUAGAAGAGGAAGAGAAAGUACCCGUGAGGCCCAAGGACCCUGAGGGGGUUCCUCCUCUCCUGGUCUCUCAACAGGCGAAACGGGGGGAGGAGCGCAGCCCAGCUGCCCCACCACCUGUGCCUACCACCUCCUCUGGCAAGGCUGCAAAGAAACCCACAGCUGCAGAGGUCUCUGUUCGAGUCCCUAGAGGGCCGGCCGUGGAAGGGGGACACGUGAAUAUGGCAUUCUCUCAGUCCAACCCCCCUUCGGAGUUGCACAAGGUCCAGGGAUCCAGAAACAAGCCCACCAGCUUGUGGAACCCAACGUACGGCUCCUGGUUUACAGAGAAACCCACCAAAAAGAAUAAUCCUCUAGCAAAGAAGGAGCCACAUGAGAGAGGUAACCUGGGGCUGGAGGGAAGCUGUACUGUCCCACCUAACGUUGCAACUGGGAGACUUCCGGGGACCUCACUGCUCCUAGAGCCCUCUUCGCUGACUGCCAACAUGAAGGAGGUACCUCUGUUCAGGCUACGUCACUUCCCUUGUGGGAAUGUCAAUUACGGCUACCAGCAACAGGGCUUGCCCUUAGAAGCCGCUACUGCCCCCGGAGCUGGUCAUUACGAGGACACCAUUCUGAAAAGCAAGAAUAGCAUGAACCAGCCUGGGCCCUGAGCUCGGUCACACACUCACUUCUCUUCCUUAGGAUCCCUAAGACGGUGGAGGAGAGAGAGGCAAUGGUUCCUUCACAAACCAGAGACCAAAUGUCACUUUUUGUUUUGUGCCAACCUAUUUUGAAGUGCCACCAAAAAAGCUGUAUUUUCAAAACGCUUUAGAAAGGUUUUGAGCAUGGGUUCAUCCUAUUCUUUCGAAAGAAGAAAUGUCAUAAAAAUGAGUGAUAAAUGCAAGGCCCAGAUGUGGUUGCAUAAGGUUUUUAUGCAUGUUUGUUGUAUACUUCCUUAUGCUUCUUUUAAAUUGUGUGUGCUCUGCUUCAAUGUAGUCAGAAUUAGCUGCUUCUAUGUUUCAUAGUCGGGGUCAUAGAUGUUUCCUUACCUUGUUGAUGUGGACAUGAGCCAUUUGAGGGGAGAGGGAACAGAAAUAAAGGAGUUAUUUGCAAUGACU